AUGGCAGUCGGUGAACACGUAUUCCAAGAAGGCGCCAACUCCGACUACUCCGCUAACCCAGUCAACGCCGUCUGGAGGAUCAGGGCUUCAAGGACGAUUACAAGGAUUCGCAGGAUCUCAGACGAAGGUAAAAAAUUAAGCAGGAAUUUUCAAAAACAAAACGAAACUUUCAGUAGGUGGACUGGUAUUCCGAGAAAGCAUCAACGAGAAGGCAUAUACUCCGCCAACACCUCGGUGAACACGUAUUCCAAGAAGGCGCCAACUCCGACCACUCCGCCAACACCGUCCACGUCGUCUGGAUAUUAG